CCAUCCCUCUAUUUAAUUAUCUAUCUAUCAAUCAAUCAAUAAAUAGAUUCUGUCUCAAGUAUUUACUAUUUUAUUUCUUAACCGUCAAUACAAUUUAUUAAAUUUUAUGAAUAGAGACAUCUCAUUGGUUUUCAUCAAUUCAUCAAUUUAUUACCUUCCCAUCUUUCACGCAUAUGGUUUCAUUGAUUCACCUAUUCACCUUUGAGGCUGGUUAUCAUUCAGUACUUCUUCUCAUUGAUACCGAACCUCACCUCAACUUCAAAUUUCGGUGCUAAUUGUUCUCUUCACAAAAUCAAAAUUGACAAAACAACCUCCCUGCUCUAUGUCAAAAGUAUGUUAAUAUUAUUCCCAUCAUAAUUUGAUUUCUUCAUAUAUUGCAAAAUAAAGAAGAAGGAGACCAAACAUCUUUUAGGCAAUCCUUGUCCGGAACAUUUAUCUCAUACUAUGAGACAAGGCUCAAUUCCUUUCUUUUUCCACCACACAAACUUCCUAAGUACUGGAACAGAGGGUGUGGACGAGGGGGCAAAGGCGAGGGACGAGGAGAAAGGCAUCUGAUACUCCUUCAUACAUCAAAGGACUCUAAUGCUUUUCAAGUCGACCUUGGAUUGUUACCAAAACAGAAUCAAUGAAUUCUCGACGACAGCGAACCUGAGACAUGCGCCGACCGCCCGAUAAAGAUGGCCAUUCUGCCAUGACCGAACGAGAUGUUGUCUCCUCUAAUGCCACAUUAAACGCCUUUUUCGGCGGGUCUCGACAAAAAUCUUGGAUGCUUGCAGGAGGGGCACCAGUUCGACCGACUCCACGACGCCCUAGCAUUACCAAACCAUCCGAUCAGAGCAAUUCUGAUACUCAAAGGUACGUUAUUUUCAAUUCACUGAUUCAAUCCCAUCCACAUUCACUGUAUCGAGUGACUGGCGCGCAAGGAUAUCCAUAGAUAUGGAUGGACGUACUGUGGCCUCCAAAGCCAGAAGUUUUAUUGCCACGGCCUAGGUAUCCGGAUCCUGUUCAAACGUGCCCUGCAGGACCUUUAUAUGCCUCUUUAUAUUAAGCACACAUUACAAGUAACCUCCAUCGAAUAAUUUGAGGCUAAUUACAGUAAUCUUCAGAGGUUCGACCGCAAAUCUGAUAUCGCCCGUAGCAAGUAACGAAUCAUCAAGUCCCGGACCGGCGCAUAAUUCUGUGCCUCUUAAUACACACACCGCCGCAGUUUCCGGAUCGCAUGGUCCCCCGAGAGUGAAUGCUACACUUGCAACUAGUCAAGCCCUUCAAAAAGCAUGUACUACACCUUCAAACAUCGAUAUAGUCCAGCCUCAGACUCUCCCUGAUGCAUCGAGAGGUGAAAUCGACGAAGCUCGCACAGUGGAAAUAUCUGCAAGGUCUCCUCCGUCGGAUAAAUCACCUCAACCGCAGACCGCAGUGAGCACCACCUCGAUUAAAAAAACAACCCAUGAUAUACCAUCUAGGUCCUCUUCAGUUCAAAAAACAAGCAACCGAGCGCCUUCUGUUACAACAGGAGACUCGGUGACAGUACCUAUGAUGCCGGGCAAUGUGGAUCAAACAUCAUUAUCUCAUGCGCAGCAUCCUCCACGAAGGGGUUUUCAACCUACCAUGCCUUCCUUGAAAUCUCGCGUUGAAUUGGUAAAAAGAUAUGUUGAACAUUGUGGAGGUAUGGCCAACUUGAAUUCCGCGCUCGAAAAGCCAAGGUUCAGUUUAAUGGAAACUGCCUGCAAUUCUGAUGAUGCUCAUUAUGUUGCAAUACACCAGCUCUUUUGCGUAUGGGAUACAAAUCGUAAAGAUGUCACAAGUAUACCUGGCCUUCCAGACUCAGUGACCUUGUCUCAUGCAUUUCGGAUAUUGGGUCAGCUGAUACGAGAUAAUGAGGGUAUGGCUCCAAUUCAUCUUAGAUGGUUUGCCAAGUUCCCAAGUCCAUUGGUCGAUCUGAUAAGAACAUCUGAGCCAUAUCGGCGCAUCAUUCACGAAGUCGGGACAUUUCUUUCAAAGUUGGCUUCUACUUGGCCAGAUUUAACGAGGCUAUGUACUAGUAGAGGCUAUCCUCCACUAGUUGAUGAAUUAAUUAAUCAAUUAGGAUUGUUGUCACCUACUUUGCAAAAUAUUGUGUUCACCGCGACAAGGCGAAACCUUAAUAUCAUUGAUGACGAAUUCGGUAACCAGAUGGAAAGAGUGUUCGAGCAAGAUAGAACUGGACACAGGGAACUUGCAGCUCGGUAUCAUACUUCUCGUCCACCCACUGAAAAGGAGAUUCAAGAAAGAAGUAAAAUCAUAGCUGAGAGAUACAGGAUGAUAUCACAGAAAUCACGCCAGAAGAAACUUGCAAAUAUCGCACCGGUACCUUCGACAACUGCACCUGCAGUUCCCUCGAACACGGGUCAAAUCCCAGUGGCUGCAAAUGGGUCGUACCCUCUUCCAAAUGGUUCUGGUUUGGUUUCUAACCCAAAUACAUUUCGUCAGCGAAAUGAUGUUAGAAAUCGUCAAGUCGGUCAAAACUUAGGCCAAAUACGAACAUCAUUUACGGGACCUCCAUUACCUUCAAAUUUGAUAAGUGUCGGCGGGAAUCAUCCAAAUAAUACACCACGCGCAGCUGCAGAUACACCUAGUCCGAUUCCUAUGCAAGGUUUGUCUAUGGGAUCGCCAAUGCAACAAGCUUUCCAAUACGCUUCACCUGUCUUGCAAAAUAAUGGUCCUCAAUUUUCACCAUCGGUAAUCCGUAACAACGGCACUCAAUCACCAGUUAUUGCACAUAACCAGGGAAUUCAAGGACAAUACUGUUACGAUCCAAGAUACGAUCCUAGACAACAGACAUAUCAUCCACAGCAACAUCUGCAACAGUUUGGUCAACAAGGACAGUACGGUGCAAACAAUCCUCAACAAAUGAGUUUGCAGCAAAUUCAACAAGCUCAAAUGCAGCAAUUGCAGCAAUUGCAACUUCAACAGCAGCAGCAAUGGCUACAGCGCUCCAUGCCUGUUGACCUGCAACAAAACAAUCAGCAUCAGAUGUCUCAGCAACAGCAAGCUUUAUCAAUGCAGCGUCCAGUGGGUUUGAGAAUAGAUAGCAAUCCUACCAAUGGUCAACAACAGCAGCAAGUUCCGUCAAGAAAUGUUAGCAGAAACGGUAGCAGAAACAAUAGCAGUUCUAGCGAGCGUACACUUCCAUCCAUGAAUAGUUCUAGCCAUACGCAGAAUCUCACCCAAGGAUUUCAGAUACCUCCCUGUCCAAGACCGAUGAGUAUUGAAGAGCAGCAACGCAGGAUUUAUGGCAUGACUGACCCUAUGAAAAGACCCUUGAUUCCCCCCCUUGGUUUUAUGCAUCCUCAAGGGAUUCCGGAUCCAUAUUCAAACGCUCUUCAUCAAGCUGAUGUUCGAAGCCCUCGUCUGGUUACCGUCAAUGUUUCCCAGGGUGGUACUACAGCUCGCAGAUUUUAUCAGUUUGUGAAAAAUUUCCCAAUGUCUCCAAGAAAGAUACCCUUUGAACUUGCACUCAACAAACUGGAGUUUCACAUCCCCGCUGAUGCAUUAAAGUAUAUUUCUCGCGAUAGAUUGAUCGGCAAAGACCCGCUAAUGGUCCGUGAAGUUGGAUCUAAAUCUCUGCAAUACCGAUUAAGAUGCUCGUCAGAUGUCGCAGAUACAGACGCGUUUCCCGUUUCGAGGUGGGUUGUUUCAGACACGGUGUGGCCUGACGUAAUAUUUAUGGAUAUCAACGGCAAUGAGUUGGAGAUUAGACGCAAACAACAUCAUGGGAAAGAUCUUCCAGUCGAUGUUACUCCUUAUAUACAUGCUGGAAUCAACGUCAUUACGAUCUCAAUGCCGAAGUUGACUACGGCAAUCAAACAAAAAGAGUACUUUAUUGCUGUGGAAGAGAUUGAGAUUUUACAACACGGUGAAAUUAUGGACAUUUGCAAGGAGCAAAGAAUUCCUGCAGCGACGGUUGUUGAAGAGAUUAAGAAGAAGCUUGCAGUUCCGACUGAAGAGGAUGAUGAACUCCUAAUAGUGGCUAGCGAUCUCUCCGUUAGUCUGACUGAUCCUUUCACCUCGAGGAUCUUCGAAAUUCCAGUUCGUGGUAAAGAUUGCCUGCAUCGAGAAUGCUUCGAUCUAGCAACUUUCUUGUUGACACGUAUAAGCAAGCCGAAACGACCUGAGCAACCUUCCAUGAUUGACAUCUGGAAGUGCCCGCUUUGCUCGGCAGAUGCACGUCCAUACAGCCUUCAGCUCGAUGAAUUCAUGGCUUCUGUUAGAGACGAACUACAGGCACAAGAUAAUCUUGAAGUUAAAUCAAUCCUGGUCGCGGCAGAUGGUACCUGGCGCGCAAAGCCAGAGCCGCAACCUUCACACAAAAGAAAGUCAACUACUGGUGGAGAUGAUGAUGACGACGAAUCCAUAGACGGAAGUAGGCCAAGUAAGAAAUCAACAAAUGGCGCCAAAAUUGCGGUGGUUGAAAUUAUUGAAUUGGACGAUGAUUGAAAGUUUUCUUUCUUCAUAUUUACGUUACGAUUACAAAUGAAUAAAUGAGCACAAUGUGCGUGGAGUUUCGCAAAAUUGACUCUUUUUUGGUUGAAUGGAUUAGCUUCUUGCAUAGGUGCUAGAUACUCAAUUGCGGCGUUGAUAUUUAAGGAAAAUGGAUGGAAGGAAGGAUGGAAGACGAACUAAUUCAAUCGUUGGCGUAAAUUUUUGCUACUUACAACAUGGCUUUGGCGUAUGCAUGUUCAAUUGGCUGGAGCGUGAUGGUAUGGCUUUCUUGGAAUGGGAGGACAUGGCAUGAUAGGAUGGCAUAGUAGGGCACGGCUUUCUGCUUUAUGAGAAAAAAUACCCCCUAGAUCAUGAAUAUCAUGAAAAUAUGAAUGCUUGGAUCUGGGAUUGGACUACACUGGAUGGACUAUUAGGUCUGACUGAGAUGGAUGCAUGGAUGCAUGGAUGUGUAUAUUGUACUUUUGUCUUGGGGGCUGAGAAUUUCGCUACGCAAUAUAGCAUUCAUGUAUGUGUGAUUUAGCAUUUAAGUGUGGUAUCUAAUUUAAAAUGAAAUUCGAUGAAAGUUGUUGGGAUGAGAAUGAAUGGGAGUUCGAGUUUGUGUGAU